UUUUCGCCAAAAUAUAAACAGGUUUUGGAACUCCAGAGAUAUUGACAAAAGGACCGCUGCAAUUCAGUGCGCCGGGGAAUAUUACAAAUGCUAAAGAGGGAGAAUUGAUUUACAUAUCAGUAACAGAGUGAGGGAUUUGCAUUCAUUUGGGCGAAGAAAAGGGGUACUAAUAAAUCUGGCUGAACUGUCAAUCCAGUCCGUGAGAGUUUCGACAUGGAAAGAGUACCUCUUGGUUUUGAAUUACAAGAAGAGAAUAAAGGGGACCCUGCUCUGAUCAAUGUGACCCAGAUAGAUGUCAGCUACCCAGGGUACCCCCCAUCCGGAGCUCAACCAGAGGUUGCUCCAGGUGGUCCUGAGCCACACAUGUACCCCUCAGUGCCAGGAUCAAAUUCUGCUCCCAUAGGGUUCGAAGGUCAUGUUCAAGAUGAGAUGAAAGAAAAGGACAGGGAAGAUAACUCUGUGGAAGUUAACAUGGACUCCCCUCAGAUUGAGCCCCAGGAGGAGGAGGGCGGGGCUAAGGUGGAGAAGGAGGAGGAGACUAAUUUGAUUGACAGAUAUGCUCAGCAGAUAAUAAACGAGAAAGCCACCUUGUUUUUCAAAGACGGGAAAAGGAAGAUUGAUUUCGUUCUAGCCUAUGAGCCUGGGGAUACCGAGGACCCAAAGAAGAAACAGAGGCGGGAGACGUUUGAAAAGAAUCUGAUAGAGGAGGGCUUAGAACUCGAGUAUGAGGGAAAAGAGUCCUCAAAGAAUGGUAAAACCUGCUUUGUUAAAGUCCACACGCCCUGGGAGACGCUGGCCAGAUAUGCUGAACUCCUAAACAUCAAAAUGCCUCUGGCGGAGAAUGACAUGGAGACUCAGCUAGAGAGCUGCUUUGAAGUUUGCUGGAGUAAGUUUCCGUCACCUUUUGACCUAGAUCCUGACCUGCUACCAGAAGAGCCCAACUACUUCACGGCACCUUUCAACAGAGCCCGCAUGGAUACAUAUAUUGGUGUGGAGUGGGAUGGUAAUGAGUUUGUCAUAAAAGACAAAGACACCUUCUUCACAAACGCUCAGAGGAGCAAGAUCUGUUAUGAGAUUCUUUCCCGAACACACUUUACAGAUAGUGAUGAUGAUGAAGAAGACAAGAUAAAGAAGAAAUUUGGAAUCAGGAAGCUUACAGACAAUCAGACAUACACUGCUGCCUACCCACUACAUGAUGGACGGUACCACAGUGAACACUCACUGCUAACUGUUGGCAAAGACAAUGAUAGACAUCUGCUGUAUGAGCUAUGGGCUAGACCAGGCCGUUGGUACAAAUAUCAGCCACUAGACCAAGUCAGGAACUACUUUGGAGAGAAAAUAGGAAUUUACUUUACUUGGCUGGGUUUUUAUACCACCAUGUUAAUACCUGCUGCCUUUGUUGGAUUCAUAGUCUUCAUCUAUGGACUGGCUACAUUAAUGAGGGAUAUUCCAAGUUCUGAGAUUUGUGAUGACCCAACCAUUGGGAACUACACGAUGUGUCCCAUGUGUGACAAGCGCUGUACAUACUGGCAUCUCUCUGACAGCUGUAAUUACUCCAAGGCCACCUACUUGUUUGACAACUCUGCUACUGUGGCAUUUGCUAUCUUUAUGGCUCUCUGGGCCUCUUUUUUCCAUGAAUUCUGGAAGAGGAAACAAGCUGAGAUCGAGUACGAGUGGGAUGUGGCAGACUUUGAAGAGGGGGAGGAGACGGUUCGACCAGAAUAUGAGGCUAGUGUGACUCGUAGAAGAACAAACCCUGUCACAAAUAGAGAAGAGCCUUUUGUUCCGUCCUGGAGCAAGUGUUUUAGAUAUUUCACCAGUUUCAGUGUCCUGUUGUUCUUUCUGGCGUUAGUCUUGGCCGCAGUGUUUUCGGUCAUUCUCUACCGUAUUGUGAUGUCGGCCAUUCUAUAUGGUAAUGAGGAGAACAUCAUUAAAACUCGUGCCAGCUUUAUCUCCUCCAUCACAGCAGCCUGUAUCAACUUGGUCAUCAUCAUCAUACUUAACUUUUUCUAUCAAAAAGUGGCAUAUUUCCUGACAGAACUAGAACAACACCGUACCCUCACAGAGUGGGAGGAUGCCUUCACCUUCAAAAUGUUCCUGUUCCAGUUUGUCAACUUCUACUCUUCCAUUUUUUACAUUGCCUUCUUCAAGGGGAAAUUUGUAGGAAGGCCUGGGGAUUACAAUCGUAGUCUCCUGGACAAGAGACAAGAGGAGUGUGACCCUUCAGGUUGCCUUAUUGAGCUCUGUAUACAGCUGGGCAUUGUCAUGGUGGGAAAACAAAUUAUUAACAACCUUAAGGAGAUUGUCAUACCCAAGGUAAUGGUGUGGUUCCGUUCACGGCAGUCCUUGAAGGAAAAGUCAGAAGAAAAAGUAUACUCACGCUGGGAGCAGGAUUAUAAUCUCGCCAAUAUGCCAGCUCUUGGAUUGUUUGAUGAAUACUUAGAAAUGGUGAUUCAGUAUGGAUUUGUGACAAUUUUUGUGGCAGCUUUCCCUCUAGCUCCACUAUUUGCGCUCAUUAACAACAUCAUAGAGAUCCGUGUUGAUGCUUACAAGUUCACAACACAGUGGAAGAGACCAUUAGCUGAACGAGCUCAAGAUAUAGGUAUUUGGUUUGGAAUCUUACGAGGAAUCUCGGCAAUAGCAGUAGUUUCAAAUGCUGCAAUCAUUGCAUUUACUUCGGAGUUUAUCCCUAAGCUGGUCUACUAUUAUGGCUACAGUCAAAAUCAUACUCUGGCGGGGUACACCAACUUCAGUCUGUCCGUGUUUAAGGUGCAGUACUUCCAGCCUCAGAGUGUCCCUGAUGACAAGAAAAUCAGUCUGUUUGGCAAUGUUACAGAAUGCAGGUACCGAGGAUUCUUCGCAGAAGACCCCAAUAUGCCUGGGGAGUAUAACUACACAAUGGCGUAUUGGCACAUUGUUGCAGCUAAACUUGCUUUUGUUGUUGUCUUUGAGAAUUUAGUGGUGUUUUGCACAUGGCUAGUGAUGUACUUAAUUCCAGACAUGCCUUUUAAAGUUAAGUUACAGAUGCUUAGAGAAAACUUUCUGGCCAAGGAGGCCUUGUUCAAUGCAGACACAAUCCAGAAACAGCGAGAACAGCGGACAAAGGAGGAGCGGUGAAGUGGUGCAAUUAGAUAUUGAAUAUUUAUAUUUAUGUUCUACUUAAUCUGUAUACAUAGUUUGUAUAUAACAAUAUGUAACCAUGACCAAAUUAGUAGAGAAAAUUGUGUUCUCAGAGUAGGCAUUUCGAAAUGUUAUUAAAUGUAGCAUUCUUUUUGAAAUUUGUUUUUUUUUUUUUUUUAAUUUUUUUUCUCUUAGUUUGUUUCAUUUUCCCCCACUGUUUGCCUUUAUUGAUCAAAUAUAACUGACAGAAUCUUUUGCUUUACUGCUGGUAAAUAAGAAUUUUGAGGUACUGAGCAAAUGCUGACUCAACUAUUUGAUUAGUAAUGUAAGGGAAUUUAGGUUGAUAGACAAACUUAGCUUUGAAAAGUGAGAUAAAUCUAUUGUCAAAGUUUCAUAUUUUCAUAAUAUUUCUAUGGGGAACUUAAUUUACUGUAUUUCACAAUUUUUUGCAAGACCUUGUUUUCAUGAGAGAGACAUUUGGUAUUUUUGAACCAGAUAAAAAUUUUCAUGAAUUUUUGUUAUUCUUGUAUUUAAUCUAUGAAACAAGAAAUAUAUGCAAGGACAAAAUUUUCGU